GAUAAAUCGUAACUACAAUAAAGGAAAACUUGAAAAGUAACUCAAAUCAAACAACUAUCAAGCGAAGUACUCCGGCAGUGUACUGUUCUUAUUUUAAUUUGAUAUCACUAAGACAAGACAAAUCAAAACGGACCGACCAGAAACCUUCGCGAAAAUGUCAGAGAAUCUCGAGGAAAACGAUGAAGGACAUAGCGGCUCAAAAUACCCGAGUUUGUUCGCAAAAAUAACAAGAACCAAACCAGACCUUGCACGUCUAUCAGAGGGUUCUUUAAGAAGAUCUUUAUUAACUAUGGACUUGACACUCUUGGGAGCAGGCACAGCAAUUGGCAUUGGUGUAUACAUCAUAAUUCCAAAGCUUUCAAAUGAUAUGGCAGCGCCUACUGUCAUUUUAUCCGUUAUUCUGACUUCUUUAUCCUUUAUAUUAUCUGGGAUAUGCUACGCCGAGUUCAGCUCAAGGAUUCCAAAGAGUGGGUCAGCCUACGUCUAUUGUUAUGCAGUGCUAGGGGAGAUUUGGGCUUUCAUCGUGGGGUGGACAAUGAUUCUAGAAUAUAUGAUCGUAACAGCAGUGUUAGCAAGAACAUGCAGCGAGUACAUUGAUUACUUACUGGGAGGAAGGAUAUACGAUUUUUUCAAAGACGAAGUAGUCACUUGGAAUUAUCCUUUUCUAGCUCCAUUUCCAGAUUUUCUUGCAUUCAUUCUACCAGUAGCCGUGACUUGGGUUAUUGCUAUGGGAAUGCGACGGGCCAUGUUCUUUCACCACACCAUGCUAGCCUUCAGUUCUGUAGCACUGAUUCUACUUUUUAUCAUCAGUCUUUUCGUUGCAAAACCAGAUAACUGGACACAUAAUAAUGUUCUGCCAUAUGGUGUCCAAGACAUUUUGAAAGCCGCUGCUAGGAGCUAUUUCAUCUUUAUUAGCCUGGACGCCAUAUCUUCUGCAAGCCGAGAGACCACAAUACCAAGUUCAUCGGUGCCUCUGGCUGUAAUCUUAACUGUUACUUUAGUAACAAUAAUAUAUUGUGGAACCACUGUUAUCUUCACCUUGACAAUACCCUUCGAUGAAAAGAGCGGUUUUGCACCCUUCGCUAAGAUCUUUCGCGUUAUUCCAGGAGCUGACUAUGCCGUUACUAUUGGAGCAAUUUCAGCGACUUCAAAUGGUUUGAUCUCGUGUUCACUAGCUGCACCCCGUGUAUUGUUUACCAUGGUUACUGAUGGGCUUCUGCUUGGCUUUGAUUGCGUUGAUGAGCCAUUCAGUGCUUUGACGACAGUUUCGUUCGUCCACGGUUUGUUUAGUGGAUGCUUGGCAACUUUGUUCUCCACAGAACAUUUGAUUGAGCUUCUCUCAGUUGGUACGCUCUUGGCUUACACCAUGGUUGCUAUUUCGGUCUUGUUAACACGUUACCAGCCUGGUGUGGAAUGUCAUGUGUACGGGAAAGCAGCCAAGCUUGAACGAACAAACCAGUGGCUAGAGUCAAUCACAUCGGAACCACGAUAUCCACCUCCAAUCUCUGAUCAAUCCGAACUUGAGAAACGUGACACCGUUAAAGGUAACACAAGCGGAAAGCCCAGCGAAAUAUCACAUGAUAACGCCACCUUGGCUAUAUUUUUAUUGGUUCUCAGUAUUUCGUUUCUUGUCACUAUCAUCCUGACCGUACUUAAUGGCAUCCUUAAGGAGGACAGUUGGGCAUUCCUUGCUGCUGUCAUGAGUGGCAUUUUUAUAUUUGUGGCUCUUAUAUUUCUAACACGACAGCCUAAGAACAAUGCAAAGUUUCCUAUCACGGUGCCGUGUUCUCCCUUGCUUUCACUCAUCACCAUCUUUGUUAAUGUCCUUCUCAUCUCUGAAUUGGAUUAUUUGUCUUUUGUACGAUUUGGCGCAUGGCUAAUUCCAGGACUGAUUAUCUACAUUUUAUAUGGAUACAGACGAAGCAAAGAGGCGCUUAAACCAAAGGAAUCAACCGAGGGUGAUUUUAUUUUGUACGAAAAUCCUAACGUAGAUGCAAGCUUUAAACACAUUCAACCAAAAAGAAAACGUGACGAGCAACAAAGCGGGAACUGAAGAAUUCGUGGGAAACGUAAGGGGCAUAGGGGCGCCGCGGGCAGGGCUCGUGCGGGGCCGGACGUCCACUGGUAGCUGACUUAAACCGAAUCUGAUAAACUUCAACAUGCUUGGGUUAAAAUGUGGCGAGCUUUAUACCGAGCUAAAAUAACUGUGGGUCGACUGAGCCCGAAAUCCUCCAUUCGAGAGGUCCAUCCCUUGAGCUACACGGUAACAAUAGGGCACAGGCAGCGUUGGAAGAAUUCCAGGCCCUCUCGACCAAUCACAUGAAACACAAUUACCAAUCGUGAACUGGUCACUUGUAUUUUAUCCCACUUGGAGUCUUUAAAACAGACUUUUCUUUGACCGUUGUAGUUACUUGGAGUUUGCUUUUACGACGCUUUCGAUACUACCAUGAAAUGGGUUCGUUACAUUGCCUUGCCUCAAGUCAAAUUAAGGCCAAAAUUGAGUAAACUUCACAAAUGGCAACAUUCACAUAAAUAUCUCCAAAUAUCGUAGCUUUUUAUAUUUUUCAAAGAAUUACCUUCCUAUAUAGACCGGACCCACUGAAAAACCAGCACAAUCUAGGAUCUCUUUACUCUUUUCACUGUCUUGAGUUUUACCACCCAUAUUAUAAAAGUUUGUCGAUUACUUUAACCACUCGACUUUUUAAUUGUACUCUUCCAAGUGCUUUAUAUUGUUAAUUUGAGUUGAUUGAAUUCACUAAAAAUAUUAUUUUGUGGCAGUAUAGUUGUUGGCUCUCGUUGGUUGCUUGUUGUUGUCGUUAGAUUUAUUUUCUGGUUCGAUAUUUGUCUUUCGUGUACGGUUUUUAUCCCUUGAUAUCCCAUGCCUCGCUAGAGCAAAAUAUCUCAGUAAUAGUAGAGGCGUUUUUAUUAUGAACUAUUUGGUAAGACUUUUAAUUCAUAAACGUAAAUUUUAUCGAACUCAGAAAUUUUUUUAGCAAAUUUUAAAAGAGCGUUUUUUGUUGAGGAAAAAUUGUAACCAAAAAUAAUAA